UGGGCUUUCCAUGGGAACCACACUGUGCCUCAACUUGAACAUUCAUCCCAACUGCAAAGGAGCAAAGAACCUGUGUCAUCCCUGUCCGGAAGCUGCCAUCUCUCUCCCGUGCACAUCCAGGAAGUACGCUGCUAGUGGCCGCCAUAGCUCUGAUUCUCCUCCACCUGCUCUCACGUGAGGCAAAGGUCUCCUUUUCUCUACUUAAAAAAGGGGAGAGGAGGGUUCCUAGAUUCCAUCUUCAAACCCCAGUCUUCCCAUAAAAUUGGAUGUGGGAAAAGACCUUCACUGCGGUGUGGCCUGUCCCAGACCUCUCCUAUCGAAGGCCACAAAACCAGUCCAGGCCCGGCAGAGCCGCCUUUGGCCCUUGUAGCUCCUGCUGGCCCCACAACGGGGAAGCAGUUUGCAAAGUGGCUCGGAAGGAGUGUGGCCUAGGAAUCUGCUACAAGUGGCUGGGUGUAGCAGGAGAGCCCAGCGUCACCUCCUGGUCCUGGUCAGCCUUAACACUGUGGCAUCCUCCGCAGCACACACAGCGGCCUGCAGUCUGGAAAGCGGACCUGAGCCUUUGCAGAAAGGCGCCAUGGAGCCGCAGGCCCGCACAGCAGCCCCAGCCUCCCACUCCUGACUGUGAGGACAUCAGUUCUAGGAGAGCACUUUCUUUAAAGCUCCCAUUUUGUAACCACUCGUUUGCAGUUGACUUGAGUACUCUGGUGACUUGCUGCGUGAAGCGAUCUCCAGGCAGGUUUUCUUUCCAAGAGUUAAGUCUUCCCUUGAAGGCAGGGAAGCAGGAUGGAUACACAUGUAUCAUACACAUAAAGUACCAGGCGCAGGAGCAGCCCGAACUCGAGGCUGACUAAACUGGAGGCUGCACUGUGGAGGUCUGCAUGCAGCCUCCCUGGAGGGCAGGGAGGGGGCGCUCCCGCCCCUGGGCUUGAGGGUGCCGCUCCCCAUGGGCUUCCAGGCCUGCCCAGGUGAUGCCUUCAGGCCUUUGCCCCUGGCGGCCAUCCUCAGGCCGAUUUUGACCAGCAAUGAUAGACUCUUCUUAACCCUUUCAAAAAAUUUUUUUCAGUGGGACAGGAAGGAGAGUUAAAAAACAUUUUUUUAAAGGUGGUAACAUCUGACCCAUGAAGGGUAUGGGUCUGUUUUACGCUAAAUAAACGUUUUUCAAA